AUGGCUGAGAUAAGGGUAGAAGAAGCCCAAACCAAAAUCAAGACUGUCCCAAUAGCUGUAACCCCAGAAGGAUUUUGGUGUUGCCCUUCACCCACUGUCUUCCAAAAGACCCUCAAAACACCACAGAACCCUCCUCCUAACAAGCCCAAACCACAAAUGCAGAAGAAGCAAACCCCCUCCAACGAGAAGAAACCCGUUUCGAAUUCAUCCAGAACAAAUAAUGUCGCUGCUGACGAGCAGAACAGUCGACACAACGAUCCACAAGCUGUCAAAAGUAACCCUUCAGUGCCUAAGAAGCCGGAAAAUCAACCGAAAAAGGUGACGAUCGAGUUUGGCGAGCCGGGAAGUAGUGAUUUGAAGGUGAUUUUGCUCGGGAAGCAGGGACUGUACGUGAAAUUGAGCGUCCACAGGGGGGUACUAAUGGAGUUCAGCAGUUUUUUCGCUAGCCGGAUAUCAGAACAGCAGCCCGUUUUCCCUUGUGUCGAGAUUGAUAAUUGUGAGGAUGUGGAGAUAUAUGUGGAGACUAUUGGGUUGAUGUAUUGCAGAGAAUUGAAGCAAAGGUUGAUGAAGCAAAGCGUCUCGCGUGUAUUACGGAUACUAAAGGCAGUCGAGCACAGCGCCAAGGCCCGCCGGGCGGACUGA